GAUCUCAAAAACAAACAUUUAACGAGCAUUCAAUCAAGUUCAGAAGUCAUUUAUUCCAGACCUUGCCUCUUUACCUCCCUUUUUUGUGGGUCAUUACAUUUCACGCCACUCAUUUAGCAAAUCUCCUCGACCGGGAUUACGGCUCUAAGGGGAUUUAGGAUUUCCAGCCACACAGCACAGUCCCAGUCCCCGGUUUGUGCGUCGCGCUUCCGCGUCUCGUCUACCUGCUUAACACUGUCACCCUUUCAGAAGCCCUCUGCGUUUUCUGCACUCCGCGCUGAUGGAUGGCGGACAAAGAAACGAUGGUGCGGAAUGGAGAUAAAUUGCAGAUCGGAAAACAAACUGCUGCCUUUGUUUGCUUUUUUCCUGUGGGUCUUUGCGAUGGAGGAAUAUUGAGGAGGUAGCAGUGCAAUAAGCAACAAUAACAUUACCGGAUUAUUGACCAACUGUUGAUUGCAUACAGCCCGUGAAAGGAAGAGGAAGUCUUUCUUUGGACAUUCUUAUUUCCUCUUUGGAAUUUACAUUGAAGAUGGGAACCAACUUUUGGUGACUGAGCAACCCCGAUAAAAGCCUCCUUUUAAAACGGCGGACGACUGAGAGAAUAAUACCCAGUCGACUGCGGAUCUGAGCUGUUUACAAUGAGCGUUCACAAGAAGAGCAACUUUUUGUCCAUCGGCCCGGUGUCGUCGGCCCUGAUGUGUUCAGCUGUCGUGGCCACCGCCGACAUGCCUGGACUCCCGGCCAAAGGAGCCUUCUCUGCAGAAGGCUUCAAAGACAAACGCCAGGAGAAAGAGGAGAAGAAGAUGGCAACACGUAAAAGCCAGACACAAAGCUGUCCAUCCCGUGUGGUGGAGGACUUCUUCUGGAUAGGCAGCAGCAUUAUGGCCUUCUCUAAGUGGAGACUUGGCUACAUGGUGGAGAAAUGUAUGAGCUCCAUGCAGAUGGGUACCCAGAUGGUGAAGCUGCGCGGCAGCUCCAAGGGACUGGUGCGCUUCUUCUUUCUGGACGAGCACAAGUCCUAUAUCCGCUGGAGGCCGUCGCGCAAGAACGAAAAGGCCAAGAUCUCUAUAGAUUCCAUCCGAGAAGUGUCGGAGGGUAAGCAGUCUGAGAUCUUCCAGCGUUACGCCGAGGGCAGCUUUGACCCCAACUGUUGCUUCAGUUUGUACUACGGGGAGCACAUGGAGUCCCUGGACCUUGUGUCUGGGACCGGGGAAGAAGCCCGGACCUGGAUUACAGGCCUCAGAUAUCUGAUGGCGGGCAUCAGUGACGAGGACAGCCUGGCGAAGAGGCAGCGUACCCGGGACCAAUGGCUAAAACAGACUUUCACAGAGGCAGAUAAGAAUGGAGAUGGAAGCUUGAGCAUCAGUGAGGUCCUGCAGCUCCUACAUAAACUCAACGUCAACCUACCUCGGCAGAAGGUCAAACAGAUGUUCAAGGAAGCAGACACGGAUGACAAGCAAGGAACGCUGGGCUUUGAAGAGUUCUGCUCCUUCUACAAGAUGAUGUCCACUCGCAGAGAUCUGUACCUGCUCAUGCUCACAUACAGCAACCACAAGGACCACCUGGACACUGAGGACCUGACCCGCUUUCUGGAGACCGAGCAGAAGAUGACCAAAGUGAGCAAGGACCAUUGUCUGGAGAUCAUCAAGAAAUUUGAGCCGUGUUCGGAGAAUCAGAAACAAGGAGUUUUAGGGAUUGAUGGGUUCACUAAUUACAUGCGCAGCCCCGCGGGGGACAUCUUCAACCCGGAUCACUAUGCCGUGAACCAGGACAUGGGGCAGCCGCUGUGCAACUACUUCAUCGCGUCCUCACACAACACCUACCUGAUGGGAGACCAGCUCAUGUCCCAGUCCAGGGUGGACAUGUACGCCUGGGUGCUGCAGGCCGGCUGCCGCUGUGUUGAAGUGGACUGCUGGGACGGUCAGGAUGGCGAGCCUAUCGUUCAUCACGGCUACACGCUGACCUCCAAGAUCCUCUUCAAAGACGUCAUUGAAACCAUCAACAAAUAUGCCUUCGCCAAGAAUGACUACCCGGUCAUCCUGUCCAUAGAGAACCACUGCAGUGUCCCCCAGCAGAAGAAGAUGGCCCAGUACCUCAUUGAUAUUCUCGGGAACAAACUGGACGUUUCCAACAUCAAAGCAGAAGACUCUGGGCAGCUGCCUUCGCCAGAGAACCUGAGGGGAAAGAUCCUUGUCAAGGGUAAAAAAUUGCCGUCAAACAUUGACGAGAACGCAGAGGAGGGAGACGUGUCGGACGAGGACAGCGCAGACGAGAUGGAGGACGACUGCAAGCUGAUGAACGGAGAUAUGUCAGCCAACAGGAAGCAGGUGGAGAACAUGGCCAAGAAAAAACUGGACAGCCUGAUGAAGGAGUCCAAGAUACGAGACCGAGAAGAUCCUGACAGUUUCACUAUAGCUGCCCUUCCACCUGCUGGGGCUUUAGAUCAAGCUGCUGCUAAGACUAAAGGGCAGGACGGAGUGGUGACUUCAGACGAGGCCGGCAACAAUAAGCGCACCAGCCACUCCUUCAUGGGCACUUUCUCAAAACGCAAGAAAAAAACAAAGCUGAAGAAGACCUCCAGCUUGGAGGACACUGACACGGACCAGGAAAGCACCAGCAGUGCAUCGCGAGCGCCCGUACAUCACAACAAAAAGAAGAAAACCAUGAAGUUAUCCCGAGCGCUGUCUGACCUGGUGAAGUACACGUGCUCGGUGGGCUUGUACGACAUCGAUGCACAAGCCAGCUGCACUUGGCAGGUUUCUUCCCUGAGUGAAACCAAAGCUCACCAGGUGAUGCAGCAAAAAGCCUUCGCCUUCAUCCAUUUUAACCAGCACCAGCUCUCACGCAUCUACCCGUCUUCGUACCGCGUGGACUCCUCCAACUUCAACCCUCAGCCCUUCUGGAACGCUGGCUGCCAAUUUGUUGCGCUCAACUAUCAGUCUGAGGGUCGAGUCCUUCAGCUCAACAGAGCCAAGUUCUACAGCAACGGUAACUGUGGUUACAUCAGCAAACCCAGCUGCAUGUGUGAUGGUGCCUUUAAUCCCAGUUCUGAGGACCCACAGCCAGGUCAGAUGAAGAAACAACUGGUGUUGAAGAUCAUCAGUGGACAGCAGCUGCCCAAACCCAAAGACUCCAUGCUGGGGGACAGGGGAGAGAUCAUUGAUCCCUUUGUGGAAGUGGAGAUCAUCGGCCUCCCAGUGGACUGUUCCAAGGAGCAAACCCGAGUGGUGGAUGAUAACGGUUUCAACCCCAUGUGGGAGGAGACUCUGGUGUUCACCGUUCACAUGCCGGAGCUGACCCUGGUGCGCUUUCUGGUGUGGGACCACGACCCCAUUGGCCAAGACUUCAUUGGCCAGAGGACUAUUGCUUUCAACAGCAUGAUGCCAGGUUAUCGCCAUGUGUACUUAGAAGGUAUGGAGGAGGCGUCCAUCUUUGUUCAUGUAGCUGUGCAUGACAUAACUGGUAAGGCCAGGGCAGUCAGCGGUAUCAAAGGGUUCUUCCACAGAAACCCAAAGCAAGCUUCCCUGGACAGCCAUGCUGCUGCACAGCACAGCCGUAAGCAGCCGUUUGGCGCCCACCUCCUGCGGCGCACCGCCAGCGCGCCCACCAAAGGCCAGCCCAAAGUCAAGAAGGGCCUCCCCGAGGUCGCCGUCAACACCAAAGACUGUAGCUCGGAGGGCACCGGUGAGGACAGAGGGUCCGAGGACAAGGCCUCUGCUUCCUCCUCUCACCAGCCCACACCACCGCAAUUCCGCAACGGCGAGUCACUGGCAUCCCACCAAGCCAAGGGUCCGUGGGAACACCCUGACACCAACGGGACUUUGCACACCGAAAGCAAAGAUGAAACAACUGCACUGAGUCCAACUGUCCCGCUUCCAUUCCCUGCACUAAAUCACUCUGGGGGUUCUAAGGACACACACAUCUGCUCUGUCGCUGUUCCAGAGGACAGACUUUCUUCACACCAACCCUCACAAUUCCUGCGGUCUUGGUCCUCUCCAGUGAAUGCUGAAUCCCAGUUGCCAGUUCAAUCUAAAUCAUUGCCGGAUAGUCCGAGUACAGCCAGUGACCACAAAAAACUGGAUCGUUGCACUGAAACAAUGUCUUUCUCUGUCAAGUCUCCCGCUGAACAAAACAUCAAAACGCUCAGUAGUGCUAAGUCGACCUUCCAGCACAGCAAAAUGGAAAACCUUAAAACUCUGACAGACACAAACCAGAGACCGGAAACGUCAGCUGCGGCUUUGCCUCCUGAAAGUCUUAGAGUCUUUGCACCACAAGCAGCCAAGGCCCAGAGAGCAGUCGGCACUCUGUCACCACACACACUCAUAAGAAGAACAAAGAGCGAGGGUCACGUUCGCGUCGCUGCAGCCUUCGAGGGCAACGCAACAGUUCCAGAAGUCUUCACCGAUGCUACAACCAACGACUGCCUUUGGACCAAGCUUGAACCGGUCAGCCAUCGGGACAGCACGUCGUCCUCCUCGAGCAUUUCUUCCAGCGACACAGUCAUUGACAUGUCCCACAGCAACCUGGCCAGAAAGAGUCUGACCAGCGUCACCUGCGACCCGAACUGUGCCAGCUGCCAUCAUUCCGCACUCGUUUCCUUUGACAGCCUGCAAGUCAGUAGGAGCAAAUCCAACCCUAAUCUUCGACAGAGCGAGUUGAAGCCCAACCGCCUGCCGUCUGCCAUGGACCUGACCGACAGACUCGGUCAAAGAAGGCACACCUGGAACCGGCUCUUCAUGGAAGGCCUCAAGCAGUCAUCAGCCGGCAGGCCGUCGUCCGCAUCUCCAGGCAGAAUGCCGGCGUCCAUUUCCAAAAGUCUCGGGGAUCUGACGUCGGAUGAUAUUUCUUGCAACUUUGACAGCAAGUACCGCAGCAUCAGCCGUAGCUUCAUCCUUAGACCGGUCAGGGAGCGGCUUCCCCAAGCCAACCCAAGCCGUGACCUGAUAGAGCAGCUACGAAAGCUGACCGAUGUGGAGCCUCUCAACCCCAGUGACUUUGCACCUGGAAACGGUCCUGAGGAGUCUGUGGACGAGCGCCUAGUCAGGAGGACUUCCUCCAGGAGCCAAAGCAGAGUGCGGUAUAUUGCCAACCGAGCCAAGAAAGCCCAAGAAAGGCAAAGACUGCAGAGUUUGAUGCAAUUUGAUUACAUGAGUAGAAACAGUUCUUACCCCAUUGAGGAGCGGGGGAAUCCCGAAGGUGCCUGUUGUGUCACGAGAAGUCCGUGUGCCCGUCCAGACAUGGUCCAUCAGGCCACGUCUUUAGGAUCCCCCUGAAGACACCACCAGAAACACACAUGCUUGGACUUCAAGUGGACUAGCAGGUCUGAACUUCUCCAGAACACAUUUCUACAAAUAUUUUUUUAUUAAGGUCCCAAGGUUCAACAGAAUAUUUCACUCAGAACCGCAAGUCAGAAAGAAUAAAGUUAGACGAAUCCAACAUACACGGUGACACAAAAAAACAGAACCCGUACAAAUGUUCAAUCCUACAAAGGUCAGCAAAUUUCUUGAACUGAAACCAAACGAUCAUUCCCCAAAAUUUCACUGAUAUCAGUGGCCUCUAUAGAAGUCCUGUUCCUUCCAAAAUAUGUGUUGGAGGCAGACCUACCCGCAAAAUGGUCGAUUACUGGAGCAUCUUUGGGUGGGAUUGCUGCCUGCCAUCGUUGAAAGGUCAUUCUGGCACAAUCCUGUUUGCCAACAAUCAGGAAAGCACAAAUUAAAAAUAAGAUUAUUAAUCAUUAACCAUUAAUUAUCAGCCAUUACCUUGCAAUCUAUAAACAUCCAUACUUUAUUUUAAAGACAAAUCUUAGCUUUUUUAUUUAUUAUUAGUUUUAACAUUUUGUCUUUGUAUCAUCACAUUAGGGCUGGGCGAUAGGACAAAAAAGUGUUUUAUACCUGUCAAUAUCGAAUUGUACUGAUAUUUUUAAUUACCUAUGGAAAAUAAGGACCAGAAGAAAAAUAUAUUUUAUUUGGAAUUUAACUUCUUCUGAUUAUAAUCCUCUCAGCUAUCAAGGCAGAAAGGAAAUGUCAACACAAGCAUGGAAAACACUCAAACAAUGUAAACAAAAUAGGAAUAUGUAAGAAAUGCUUCAUAAAAUGUAAACAUAGAGAAACCUGAGAAGAACUAUUUUCUGCAGGUUUAGUGGCAGGAAGUUACAGCUGUGCUCUAAAGGGUGGGCGUGGCUAAGAUGGUGUGGUAUUAGCGCUCUUGCUUUGCAUAAUUUACAGACCACAUUGGUCUGACUACGGUCCCUUUGGAAAAAUCCAAAAACCUGUCCAGGUGACUUUUCCUCUUUUAUCCACAAUUUCUUCAUUUUGACUUACUCGUCUCACUCCAUGCAAAGAAUCAACCAAACUUAAUAGUUGAUACUGUCACCUGAGUGACUGUUAGCAUAUCACUCCCACUGAUCAGUGAUCAGGGAGAGCGAGUGCCUUUGAGCGUGAUGCCAACCUUGCUUCCAUACUUCCGCUUUCUUCCCACAAAGAAGAAAAAAAAACUUUUUUGGUGAUCUAUUACAUGUCUAUCGUGAUUUAUAUUGAUAUUGUUUUAUCGCCCAGCCCUACCACCAGGCUGCACGUUUUGCAUAAAUAAGCACAUGACAGGAUCCUGGACCCUUCCUGCUCCGUCACUGAUGAGAAUACAAUGGCAAAUCCCCCAAACUUGCUCAUUGUCUCCCGUGGCGCACAAUGUUCAAAUCCUGGUCGGGCGUGUGCCAUGAACAUGUUUAACAUUAUGUUAAAUGUAUUAAUUUGCACUUAAAACAUGCAUUAUAGAACAUUUUAUUCUCCAUGAACUAGUUUUAGUACAAAACAUGCAUCAAAUUGAAUUCAAGUUAGAUUAAAAAUAGUUUCAGAUGUCUACUUUUUUUUUAUAAUAGCAGGGAGGGUACUCUAAAUAAAGUUAUGUUUAGGGCCCUGAUUUGGCCUUGGGCGGUCCUGGUCAUAGGCACAUGGAUUUUAACGGGGAGUACGUCAAGCUACUGUUGCUUUCAUGGCGCUGCUGACUGUGAAAGUGCUUGAUUUGAUAUGCACCCGAGCCUACUUUUUCAAUGUUAAUAUCACUCUCAUUUAAAAAUCCUUAAAAUUCAGUUUAAUUGUGCAGCCAAUUUUGGAAAGAAGUUUUAAGCAAAGCAACCAAGAUGACUUUGGGGAAUGAUCGUACACACACUGAACUUAAAGGGACACAAAUUCCAACACAUUUUGUCAGAUUUAAUAUUUUUAGGUUCUUGUUUUUUUACGUGGCCUGUGUAAAUUAAAAAACAUCCGAUCCGUCGAUUAUGAACUUAAUUGUAUUUUAGGAGGUGAAACAUUCAGUAGCAAUAGCCCUUCCAAUCUUUAAAUUUGGGAUUGAAUUAUUAUACGAUAUUUGUAGCUGUGCAUCAAGCAAUAUAAAUAAGAGUGAUGGCGUUGUAUCAUGUGAACAAGUAUGUGCAGUUUCAUGCUUAAAGAUGAGCUUUUACUAAAAAAAAAAUUUUAAAAAAUUGUAGCACGUUCGUCGUGCUAAAUGUGACGAGAGCAAGCUAAUGCUAAUGAUUUGCAGCAUGUCAGCACCGAGAGAAACAUUUUUUUUCACAACCUUUUAGUGGACUGCAUGACUUAUAUGCACUUAUUUAUCCUCGACCGGGCGUUAUUUGACUCACAAUUUUUUACAUCCACAUGUUUAAUGUACCAAGUUCAUUCAACAUUUUUUUUGUAGGAGAGUUUAACGAUGUUCCCGAGAGCGUCACUGUCUGGCUUUUACGUUGUAAGUAGUCCACAGUACGGAAAAUAAAACCUUGUGUAACGACGCACGUUUAUUUGUCAGCCUGUUGCAUCGUGUGUGCAAACAAAUAAAUAUAUUUAAACAACAA